UCGUCUGAAAGAAGUAGUCCCGGAUGUCCUGGUAGUCUGCGUAUAUAAUGAAGUUAAGGCGGGACGACCAGUUUCAAACAAGAUAAGGUAAAGCGCAUUUUCGGUGUGAUCUGCGUGUCGGUAUAGCAGUAAUACAAUGGCUGGUGGCAAGGCUGGGAAGGAUUCCGGAAAAACUAAAACAAAAGCCGUUUCGCGGUCCCAGAGAGCAGGCUUGCAGUUCCCCGUGGGCCGUAUUCACAGACAUCUGAAAUCCAGGACGACCAGUCACGGUCGCGUUGGGGCGACUGCAGCCGUCUACAGUGCAGCUAUUCUGGAAUACUUGACUGCUGAGGUGCUGGAGUUGGCGGGAAACGCCUCUAAGGACCUGAAGGUGAAGCGCAUCACGCCCCGCCAUCUGCAGCUGGCCAUCCGCGGCGACGAGGAGCUCGACUCGCUCAUCAAGGCCACCAUUGCUGGAGGAGGAGUCAUCCCCCACAUCCACAAGUCUCUGAUUGGCAAGAAGGGACAGCAGAAGACCGUAUAACCCCGCCUCCACGGCCAGGUCAUCUCAGGACAACAGCGGCGUCUCCGAAGGACCUAGAACGCUCUUUCUUUUAAGACUGUUUUAAAGGUGGGGGGGGGGGGUGGUAGGGGAGGGAGAAGAGGGUUGUCCUCUGCCCCCGUUCAUUCUGGGUUUUUUUUUGUUUUGUUUUGUUUUUUAAAGGAAGGUUGGCUUCAGAGAAGCUGGGAUUUUCCAUUUUAAGAUUCAUGUUCAGGUACCGAGCUGGGGGGUGUGGUAAGGUGGGGGGGUGUGCGGUUUGACUGAAGUGACUUCCUGGAAAUAAAGGUCAAUAAGCACUC